AUGGCUGAAAUUAUCAACAACCCUAAGAUCCUUGGGAGACUGAGAGAAGAAAUUGAUUCAGUAGUAGGGAAGACAAGAUUGGUCCAAGAAACUGAUCUACCAAGGGAAUUUGAGCAAGGGUGUAAGGUAGGAGGGUUCUACAUACCGGAGGGCACGUCUCUUUUAAUUAAUGUUUAUGCUGUGAUGAGAGAUCCUGAUGAGUUUAGACCAGAGAGGUUUCUAAGGGAAGAAAAAGAGAGAAGAUAUUGA